AUGCACCCCUUGAGCUACUGCGCCAUCGUUUGCUUUGUUUCUUUAGCGACGACGAGUACCACCUUAAACAAUCGAACAGCGAAAUGGUUCCUUGGAUGGGGCGUGGGCGUGGUACGCUUCCAAAACUCGGUCUGUAGCGGCGCCGAUGGUUUCGAUGGUACUUGCUACACGCGACGACAGUGUAACGAAAUCGGAGGGGUGGCAACUGGAUCGUGUGCUAGCCACAUAGGAGUGUGUUGUAUCGUGCAAAUUACUUGUGGUGGUUCCUCGUCGUACAACAACACGUACUUUACGAGUCCCAACUACCCUACUACUUUUAAUGGGGGGUCAACUUGUAGUGUUACCAUAAAGCGGUGUAACCCUGACAUCUGCCAAAUCCGUAUCGACUUUCUUACUUUUAAGCUAGCCCAGCCCGAUGAUAGUGGCAAUUGCGUUAAUGACGCCUUCUACGUCAUCGGGGGAGCCUCCAACGUACCAGUACUUUGUGGAGAAAACACAGGUCAACACAUUUACGUGGACUUUAACGGUGAUACCGAUAUUCAACUAAUAAUAAACACGAACGCCGCCAUAACCGCCUCUAGAGCUUGGAAUUUCAAGAUAUCUCAAAUCGGGUGUGACUGUCCUACUAAAGCUCCCACGGGAUGUCUUCAGUACUACACGGCGCUAAGUGGAGUUGUGAUGAGCUUCAAUUACGGUACUACUGGUCGUCAGAAUGGUACCCGGCAACUCGCCAACGAGAAUUAUGGGGUUUGCGUGGAGAUGCAGCCAGGGUACUGCUCCAUAACGUGGAGUGCUGCUACGGGAGAUAUGUAUGGGUUCACAGUAACGGGUGAUACCAACAUGGCGGUGGGUAACGGUACUGUAGGAACACCGGCUGCCGCGUUGAACGAUGGUAACUGUACCACGGACUUCGUGGUCAUUCCAAACCCCAUGUAUGUCGAUACGACUUUGAUGGGACCUAACACGGAUCGGUUUUGUGGGAACGGGUUCAAUCCAGUGACAACAUCAUCCAAACCCUUCGUCCUAACGGUGGUUACAGAUGGUUCCGACGUACCUCCCACUGACGUAGCAAACCGAGGAUUCUCAUUAAUGUACACCCAAAAUCAAUGUUCUGGGGCUUUAUUAGGAAAAUAA